AUGACUGAACAAAAUGGCGCACUUAUACGAACUGUCGAUUAUUACUUAUAUGACUACUGGGCCGAUGUAUCCGAUCCCAGGACCGGACACUAUUUGCUGACCCGUGGAGGGCCUCUACCGGUGCUGACAUUCAUGACUCUAUGGCUGCUGUUUGUAACCAAAUUAGGACCCAAACUGAUGUCAACUCGGGAGCCAUUGAACAUACGAUGGCUUAUGUUUGGCUACAAUAUACUGAUGGCCGGCACUAACGCCUACUUUUUUGUAAUGUGCCUCAAGUUUCUAGACUUUACUCGAUUGUUAACAGAGUUUGAGUUUCCUUCCCGCGAGGAUACCAGCCCUCAAACCCUACGAUACAUCGACGUGGCAAUGGUCUACGGGUACACCAAAUUCAUAGACUUAUUGGACACCGUAUUCCUGGUGUUACGCAAAAAGGAGUCUCACCUGACAUUCCUGCACCUCUACCAUCACUUCAUCGUUCCCAUACUGACCUGGCUAGCAAUGAAGGUUACGCCUACUUGUCCACCAAUCGCUAUAUUUGUCGUACUCAACACACCCGUCCACACAAUGAUGUACUCGUAUUACGCGUUGUCGGCGUUGGGACCGACUGUCCACCGGUUCUUGUGGUGGAAA